AUGGCGUCUCUCGAUUCAAAGGGCGACGUCGCCCCAGAGCAAAGACAUGCUUCAUUGGCAGUAGCAAGUACUAUCGACGAGAAGGACUCUAAUGACCGAAGGAUCAGCGAUAAAGAGAUGGACUCAAGCGUGGAAUUUCCGACCUCGCAAGACGUGGAGAUUGAUAACUCAGAAUAUCCCACGGGUUCUCGACUCGUCGCCAUCAUCACUGCGCUUGCACUCGCCAUCUUUCUCGUCUCCCUCGACCUGACAAUUGUCGCGACCGCAAUUCCCAAAAUCACCGACCAGUUCAACGGGCUCUCGGAUAUUGCCUGGUACAGCUCGGCCUUCUUCAUGACUAUGGGUGGCUUUCAGAGCGCCUGGGGCAAAAUCUAUAAAUACUUUCCACUGAAAACCAGCUACCUCAUCGCCAUAUUCAUUUUUGAGCUUGGAUCUUUGAUCUGUGCUGUUGCGCCUAGCAGCACUGCCCUCAUCGUCGGGCGUGCGUUUGCGGGCGUGGGAGCUGCAGGCAUUGGCUCCGGUUCAUAUACCAUCAUCGGAUUCUCUGCGUCGCCAAAGAGCCGGCCCAUGUUCACUGGGAUCGUUGGAACGAGCUACGGCGUUGCGGCAGCUGUUGGGCCCCUGAUUGGAGGCGCAUUCUCAGAUAAAGUAUCAUGGCGCUGGUGCUUCUACAUCAACUUGCCCAUUGGAGCAAUAUCCGCCUUCAUCAUUCUGGUCUUCUUCAAGGCCCCCAGAACUGCAAAGCCACAGGCGGCAACCCUGCGCGAGAAGCUCCUCCAUAUGGACCCCGUAGGCGCCGCUCUUGUGAUCGCCUUCGUGGUAUGCUAUCUCCUCGCCGUACAGGACGGUGGUACCAAGUUUCCCUGGGACUCUGCACACGAGAUAGGCCUCUUGGUUGGCGGUGCGGUAUUAGUGGGAUCAUUUAUACUAUGGGAGUGGUUCCAGAAAGACACAGCUAUGUUUUCGUUCCGCCUUGCCAAGCAGAGAGUUUACAUCGUCGAGUCGGUCUUUUCAUUCUUCUACUCUGGCGCGUACUACUUGGUCCUGUAUUACCUACCAAUAUACUUCCAGAGCAUCGACAAUACGAGUGCCCAGUCCAGUGGAGUUAGAAACCUGCCACUCAUUGUCGCUGUUGUCAUCUCCAUGCUUUGCAGCGGUGCUUACAUCUCUGCCACUGGUAUUGCGGCGCCGAUUAUCGUCGCCGGGACUGCCCUGUCGACGAUAUGUACAGGUUUGCUUUACACUUUGGAUAUUGGUACCUCUGAGGGCAAGUGGAUCGGUUACCAGACCAUCGGCGGUGUCGGCUGGGGUAUCGCGUCCCAGAUCCCCAUUAUCACGGUACAAGCUACAGCGCCGGCCACAGAUCUCGCAGAAGUGACAGCCAUGCUGCUGUUCCUCCAGACACUUGGCGGCGCAGGGAUGGUUUCUGCUGCCCAAGCUGGUUUUGUUAACGUCAUGAUCAACAAUCUUCCCAAGACAGCACCAGGAGUCAACCCAGCCCUCGUGGUGAGCACCGGCGCGACGGAUUUGCGAAAAGUGUUUUCGGAGGACCAAAUUCCUGGGAUAUUGGUAGCCUAUAUGCAGGGUCUCAAAGUCGCGUUUGUGAUUGGCAUUGCGUCGUCAGGGAUUGCUUUUAUUACCAUUAUAUUGUUCCAGCGAUGGAACAAGUUGAAUACAGCGGCUAUUGCUAGUGGAGGUGCAGCUUGA